UCGUGUAUGGGCUCGAGUCAGACGCUCUCUGCACUGGGACCUUUUGUCAGCUGUCACGUGUCACACCCUCCUCCUUUUGAGCCUGAGUGAAAAGCAAAUGAACAGCAAGUGAGGGUGACAGCAGGCGCAGGUGGGAGGAAGGAGGACAAGAUAAGAGAAAAAGAAACUGGAAGGCUUGAACAUCUGGGCAAAACAUUAAAGAACACUCUUUUGGCUCAAUGACUCAAUCCUUAUUGUCCUAAUGGAAAAGUGACCAUUGUGGCAAACCCCACAUUUGGCUUUGUGGUAAAAUGACUUAAGGAGCUACAAGAGAAUCUGGCUGACAUACUAUGCCAGACGGCAGUGGGCUCCUUUUGUAUUCUUCCAGCUUUUGCUGGCCUCUGCUUGGGAGAAGUGCCUGGGCUUCUGUGGAUGGAGCUCUCUAAGAAACACCCCUGAUGUCUGCCCUGCUGCUGGCAUUUGUGCUCCUGGACUAUGGAAUCACUAGCUGCCUGGCCAGAGGAUGGAAGCCUUGCACAGAUCUACUGCCUCUGGAUUUUCUGUCCAAGAUCACACCAGGCAAUGGAUUCCAUGUCAGCGGCCUCAGAAUGAUUCAAGAUGGUGGAAUGAGAGGCUUUCAGAUAUCAUCACCACAUGGGAAGGUCAGCUUUCCUGCCUCCCACUUCUUCAUAAACUGUGACCACUUUCCAGAGGAGUUCUCCAUUGUUAUUACAAUGAAAGCCUUACAAACUGCACCAAAGAAAAAUGAAUACAUUUUCACGGUGCUUGAACAAGAUUCAAAUAACCUACUGCUGGGUCUGAGAUUUUCUCUGGAUAAGCUACACUUUCUCUUCUGGAAUGCGGGACACAGGGAGCAUGUCAUCUUCCGAUCUGUGUCCCUGGCGGAUAACCACUGGCACACCUUUGUCCUGGCAGUGUCUGGAGAAUAUGCAUCGCUGACUGUGGAUUGUAACAUACCUCUUAGCUUAACGCUUGAGAGACCUUUUCCCUCAUCUUUAAACAUGAAGGGAUCAAGAUUCCACAUUGGAAGUCGAAGAAGAUGGAAGGGACUUUUUUCAGGUUUAUUAAGACAGCUGGUUCUGUUGCCUGGAUCUGAUGCUACCUCAAGAAUUUGCCCCACCUCAAACCCAAAGUUGUCUGUCCUCUCUGUCCCGGCAAUACUUUUGGACCUGCCGCUGAAACCCUCUGAAAAUGAAGUCUUGAAAUAUCCUUAUGAAGCUGAAAUGCAUGUGACCUUUGGAUCUGCGCCCCCUUGCACAAAGACUGAGGCUGGCCAGCUCUGGUUUGACAUGUUAAGGAGAGGCUUGCACCUGUGUGACGGCAGGGACUGGAUUACCAUGCUGCAAGUAAAAGAAAGGCUGGACUAUAUUGAAGAUUAUCAAGACCUUUAUACCAAUUCUGAAACUCUUGAUAUGGAGAUAUUUGAAAUUCCUUCCAAUGGGUUAUUCAUGGCCACUGCAAAUAAGAAGCCUCAUCCAGGCUCUGGGAUUUAUAAAUGGAAAAAUGGCAGGUUUGAAUCCUACCAGAACAUAACAACCCAUCAAGCACAAGCAUGGAAAUAUUUUACAAUUGGAGAGAAGAUAUUCUUAGCAGUAGCUAACUUUGAGAAGAAUGAGCAAAACCAAGAAGUCUCAGUCAUUUACAAAUGGAACAGAAGAAAAUUAAAGUUUGUCUUGUACCAGACCAUUACAACCCACAAUGCUAGAGACUGGGAGGCUUUUCAAAUCGAGCAAGAAACAUUUCUUGCAGUUGCUAAUCACCGGCAAGGGGACAAUCACAACAUUGAUAGUGUGAUAUAUAAGUGGAAUCCAGAAACAACACUAUUUGAAGUCAAUCAAACCAUCUCUACCUCUGGAGCUUACGACUGGGAGUUUUUCACUAUUGGACCCUACAGUUUUCUAGUCAUAGCAAAUACCUUCAAUGGCGUGUCCACUCGGAUUUAUUCCUGCAUUUAUAUUUGGCUUGGUGGAAUGUUCAGGCUUUUUCAGUCUAUUUUGACAUUUGGUGCUACUGACUGGGAGGUGUUCCAGAUUGGUCAAAGAGUCUUUUUGGCUGUGGCUAACAGUCAAAAUUAUGAUCAGCAAGGAGUGAGCUCAUAUGCCAUAAACUCCACCAUUUAUGAGAUGAACAUCACAGCACAGAUUUUUGUCAAAUUUCAGGAUAUUGAAACAUACAGUGCAGUCGACUGGGAAUUUUUUACAUUGGGAGAAGAUAAGUUCCUGGUGGUGGCAAACUCAUUUGAUGGCAAAACGUUUUCUUUAAACAGCAUUAUAUACAGAGUGGCAGAGAUACAAGAACUUACAGAUCGUCAUUCAUGGCAUUAUGUGAACUCUGCCAAUAACCCAGCUGAUGACCUUACCAAGUGUGCAUCCCACUUUGGAGGAACAUGGAAAAGGGAGAUACGAAUGGUGAAAAAUGCAUUGCAUAUUUCAGUAGGAUCCCAGACUGUUACCGAAGAAGUGCUUAGGACAGUCUUGACAGAGAUUGAAGGAAUCUUGAACAGCAAGCCAUUAGGAUAUGUAUCCAGUAACAUUGCUGAUCAGGACCCAAUCACACCAAAUCUUUGCCUUAUGGGGUGGCCUGACAGUUCUCUCCCACAAGUUUUGUAUUCAGAAACAGAAUUAAAGGGCAAUAGGAAGUGGAGACAUAGCCAGAUUUUAGCCGAUCAUUUCUGGUCUAAAUUUGUACGCUAUUAUUUACCAGACCUUCAGAGAAAAGAUAAGUGGCAUGCUUCAAACAAGAACUUAUCAGUAGGUAAUGUAGUGUUGCUGGCUGACCACCAACUCCCUAGAGCAUGCAGGCUAAUUGGAAGAAUCAUCAAGGUGUUUCCUGGGCCAGAUGGACAGGUCAUAUUGGCAGACGUUAAAAUCAAGGACCAAAUGUUAACAAGACCUGUAGCGCGUCUGAUUCCUCUGCCUGAAAUUCAAGACAAUGACUCCAACGAUAUGACUACUGAACCCUAA